GUGGCUGCAGGCAUCACCGCCAUGGAAUGGGGUGUGGAGGAGAAGCUGCUGGUGAUUGGCACCCAGGAUGGCAUCAUUGCUGUGUGGGACAUGGAAGAGCAGCAUGUGAUCCACAUGCUAACGGGACACACAGGAGAGGUGAGGUGCGUGAAAGUAUUUGCCAAAGGAACCCUUGCCAUCUCUGCUUCGAAGGAUUACACGCUACGCUUGUGGAACUUACUCACUGGCCAAGAGAAAUUUACCAUUUGGGAUGGAGGCUCAAAAAAUCCCACUGAACCUCAGAUCUGGAGCCUUCAUGUGGAUGAGGCACACAAAGUUGUGUAUUCGGCAUCUGCCUCAAAGAUCAAUGCUUGGAAUCUGGAAACUGCAGAGCCGGUUUUCCAUAUCCUGGGAGAUGCCUCUGAUCCUUGGAUGUGCAUGGCCAUGCUGGCCUCCCAGGCCACGCUGCUGACAGUGUCCAGGGAUGGUGUGGUCAGUCUGUGGAGCUCAGCCACAGGAAAACUUCAGGGGCAGCAACAUAUGUCCAGCAUCAAAGAAGAAACACCUACCUGUGCCGUCUCAGUCCAGAAGCAAGGAAAGCUUGUUACUGGAUUUAGCAAUGGCUCCAUCUCUUUGGUUUCCUCCAAAGAGCACAGAUUGCUGGAGAAGCUUCCAGAUGCUGUGAGGUUCCUGGUGGUCUCUGAAGAUGAGUCCCUCCUCGCCGCAGGCUUCGGAAGAUCAGUGCGGAUAUUCUUGGCGGACUCGAGAGGCUUUCGCCGGUUCACGGCCACGAAUCUGGAACACGAAGACGUGGUGGAGACGGCUGUUUUCGGUCCUGAGAACAACCUGAUCGUCACAGGGUCCCUGGAUGCACUUAUUCAGGUAUGGAGUCUGUCAGAACAGGGGACCCUGCUGGACAUCCUGGAAGGCGUUGGGGCCCCCGUAAACCUGCUGGCCCGCGGUGGGGCUUUGGUGGCGUCUGCUUCCCUGCAGUCCUCAUCUUUCAAAGUCUGGGAUCUCAGCAACGCUCAUAGGUCCCGGGUCCCUGCACCAUUUCUGGACCGCACUGGCCUCACUGCAGUGUCCCACAAUGGAAGCUACGUCUACUUCCCCAAAAUUGGGGACAAAAACAAAGUCACUAUUUGGGACUUGGAAGAAGGCGAGGAACAAGAUUCCCUGGACACCUCCAGUGAGGUCAAAUGUCUGGAGGUUGCUGAGCAGCGCAAGCUCCUAUUCACAGGUCUGGUGUCAGGGGUCGUCCUUGUGUUCCCCCUGAAUUCCAGGCAGGACGUGAUAUGCAUUCCUCCUCCCGAGGCCCGGAAAGCAAUCCACUGCAUGUCCCUGAGCAAGUGCGAGGACCGCCUGGCCAUCGCCUAUGACAACAUGGUCCUGGUGCUGGACAUCGCCCCCGGGGACCCCUGCCCGGUCAUCAAUGGGCCAAGGUACACCUUUUAUACCCAGCUGCCCGAGACCAUCUCCAGCGUGGCCAUUCUGAUGGACUACCGCGUGGUCUACAGCAUGACCAAUGGGGACCUCUUUCUUUACGAGUGUGCAAAUUCCAAAGCAUUUCCCCUGGAGGCCCACAGGAGCCGAGUUGCCUGUGUGGAGGUCAGCCACAAGGAGCAGUUGGUGGUCAGCGGGUCUGAGGAUGCCCUGCUGCGUCUCUGGGACCUGCAGGCAUGCAAGUGGAAAUUCGAGAUGAGCUACACGAGUUCUUACUGCAGAGGGGUCCAAUGUGCUUGCUUCUCCAAGAAUGACAAGUAUGUGUACGUGGGCUUAAAAGAUCGCUCUAUACUUGUUUGGAGUGUGCUGGACGGCACCCUGCUGACAGUCCAGUUUGUCCAUGCUGUAGUAAACAGAAUCAUCCCAACCACUAGUGGCUUCAUUGCCCCCACCAGGCAUGGUUAUCUGAUCCGAGAGCGUUUCCAGUGCCUUUCAGCAAGAGCCUCGCAGCAGGACCCUCUCAGGAACUUCAAGAAGGCAGUGUGGAUGGUCAAAUCCAGGCAGAGAGAGGAACUAGUGGCAGCUGCGGGAGCUCCCCGGGACUUGGAGUCAGAGAGUGCCCAGGGAAAUGAAACAAAAUCAAACAAAUGCUCACAAGUCUGCCUGAUAGUGUAAAAAAAAAAAAAAAAAAAAAAAACAAACAAAAAAAAACCUGGUGGGGGUAUGGGGCUCCAAUGAGUUAGCCCCAUUUAAUCUGGUUAAAGCAAAAAGAAUAUGUUUGCUGGUGUAUAUCUGGACCCAUUGCUUCAGAUUAUGUGACCCAGACCUUGCCUCUUCUCAUCUUUCCAUUCUUCUUUUCUCUUUUUCAUUUUCAUUCUCAGACUUGCCACCCCCAGGUGAGCAACAUGGUAGCCAAUAUGCUGCUGUCUCCAAUUUCAAUAGAAAAAAGAGCUUCUCUUUCCCAACAGUCCUAGCCUCAACUCUAUUGGUCCCAAUUGGCCCAUAUGCCUAGCCCUAAACCAAUUGUUAUAUUUGGGAGAAUGCAGAGCUCGAAUUGACUGGACUGACCCAAUGUCUACCACUGGAACUGAGAAUAGAAGAGAUUAUUCCUGAGAUGCAAAUUCGGGUUCUGGUACCAGAUGAAGGGGGAAUAGAUGAAUGUGAGAUAUAGCAAACCACUGAUGUGGACCACAGAACUUCACAGUUUAUAAAGCUUUAGAUGCUGUCAUCUGAUCCUCAUCACAACCCACUCUUUAGGGAGGGCAGGGGUUUCUGCAUCUAUUUUACAAAUGAGGAAGCUGAGCCUUGCAGCAGUAGUUAUGAUUUGAUUCAGGUCACAAUUCAAGGUGCAAGAGCUCUGAGAGCGAGCCUUCUGUCCCAUUCCUGUUAGACCUCACUCCAAUUUCAGUCUCUAGAGCACAACCAUCUCUUCCACAGGCACCACACUCAAAUGCUCACAGGAGCUAGUGACUAAUCUAGACACUUCCAUGCAGCUGGGUGAGCAGCAGGGAGAGAUGGAGACUGGACAUGUGGAAGGCAGAGAUUGUGUCUAGGGUGGGUAUGAGCUGCCUGACUCUAGCCCAGAAUCGCCAUGGCCAAACCAGCCCACUGCUGUCAGUGCUUCCAGUUGUAAUAAGCAAAGCCAGAAAUCCAGACUUUUAUGCAAAAAUAUUCUGACUUUUAAAGUUGACGAUUGGUUCCAUUUGUAUCUAUAGCGCAUUUGGCAUGUGCGUCUUUGGUGAUGAGCUGACUUCAGAACUCAAGCUGGCAGUAAAACAAUCAACAUGUUAUAGUUUGUCCUUCUCUAUUCCCUGGCUCCCAAACUUUUGGGAUAAAGAUGUGGGUUUUUAAUCUUAAAAACUGGAGGCUCUUGGAAGGAGAAAGAGCUGCUGCUAUCUCCCUGAUUUGCUUUUGAACCAUCUGCCUUGUGCAAGUUCAACAGUUAAACUGUUUUCAUUCCACUUAAGUGGAUCCUUCUUCUUUGCCCACAGCCUUCUAAAAGCCCUUCUCAGUCUUCUCAGGCUUUUAAACUUUAAUGCUAGGAGAGUCUAAAUCUUCAGGGUGGACAUUGCUUCUCCCCUCCGUGGAAUUCCCAACAGUCUCAAUAAAAGCAACCUUAGAAACAGAGGCUUUUGAGCUGAACAAGACCCUACUGCUAUCUCAUUCAUUCAUCUUCCAAACCAGGUUUCCAAGGCAGGUUUUGGCAGUUCUGCAAAUGUUAGCAUCAAAUUUCAUUUAAAAAUAUUUUAAACAGUAAUUUUAAGAUGUAUGCUUGGAUAUAUUGGGCAGCAGCUUUUCAGGUGUUAAAGAUUACUAAGGUUGGUGCAAAAAGUAAUUGUGGCUUUUGCCAUUAAAAAUAUUAAAAAUAAGGGCAAAAACCAGCCGGGCACAAGUGGCUCACGCCUGUGGUCCCAGCACUUUGGAAGGCCGAGGCAGGCAGAUCACCUGAGGUCAGGAGUUUGAGACCAGCCUGGACAGCAUGGUGAAACCCCAUCUCUACUAAAAAUACAAAAAUUAGCCAGGCGUGGUGGCGGGGGCCUGUAAUCUCUGUUACUCAGGAGGCUGAGGCAGGAGAAUUGCUUGAACCAGGAGGUGGAGGGUGCGGUGAGCCAAGAUCGUGCCACACUGCACUCCAGCCUGGGUGACAGAGCAAGACUCCCUCUCAUAAUAAUAAUGAUGAUAAUAAUAAUAAUAAUCAUGGCAAAAGCCUCGGUGACUCAUGCCUGUAAUCCCAGCACUUUGGGAGACUGAGGUGGGUGGAUCACUUGAGGCCAGGUGUUCAAGAGCAGCCUGGUCAGCAUGGUGAAACCCUGUCUCUACUAAAAAUACAAAAAUUAGCCUGGUGUGGUGGCAUACACCUGUAAUUCCAGCUACUUGGGAGGCUGAGGCAGGAGAAUGGCUUGAACCUGGGAGGCGGAGGUUGCAGUGAGCCGAGAUCACACCACUGUACUCCAGCAUGAGUGACAGAGUGAGACUGUGUCUCCAAAAAAAAAAAAAAAAGUAAUGGCAAAAACCACAAUUAAUUUUGCACCAACCUAAUAAUUUAGGAUUCUUCCGCCAUUUUCAUUUAACUGAAGAGCCCACUUAAAUUGUGAAGGGAGCCCCUGAAAAAAUUAGCUACUCUUUGCCACUGCUUUUCUGUGAAUCAAGGGCUUACCCAGUGCAGAAAUAAAGUGGAUGUUGAGACCAACUAAGAUUUCAUCUACAAAUUCUUAUUUUAAAUGUCUGCGUCCAUCUCAACAGCCUCAGUGAGAAUUAAUUCUUUUGUAGGUAAAUCCUAAUUUAAACAUUGGAAAUAACUUUUUACUAAUAAAAUGCUGCACCAAAUUAUUGCUUA